CGCAUUAUUUUUUUUACAAUGACAAUUAGCAAGGCUAUAUCUGACAUACACAAAACAUUUAUACCUAUGACAUUUCUCUUACUCUACCUGUUUUUUUCUGAUAAUAGUCAACUGUUUUUGUUAACUUUUGCCAUCUUCCUCUAACUAAAAAUGCCCAAUUUCAUUCUGUCACCCAACAUCACCAAGAUAACGGGAAAAAACUAUUGUUGUGAUGACAGACACACAACCAACUCACAGACACCUCAGGACUCAAGAGGAAGAAAAGAAGCUCUUCCCACAAUGCCCUUGCACUCUGUGUGUGUGUGUGUGGGUGGUUACUGUUUAUCAUUGAGCCAGAUUAGCGAGGUGAUCCCGGGUCCUCCUGAGCCUCUCCGCUAGUAUACCUCUGAACGCCACUGAUCCCUGGCAGCAUGCUGUGUGGGGAAGAAGAAGAAGAAGAAGAGGAAGAAGAAGAGGGGACCUCCACACACCAGAGACGGGCCAAGUCGGACGCGCAGCAGGAGGAGAGUGAGUGGGGCUGCAUGGGGAGGGAGAGAUGACCCUCUGGUGGGUUUCACAUCGGCUGUGGCGGCACCGUGUGACAGGCCUCGUGGUCACCCUGGCCGUCACCUUACUGCUCAUGCUCCUGGCCACACACUCCCUUCAGCCACUCAGUCAAAAGCCAGGUUUGGAGAAAAGGAUAGAGCAUGAGAAGGCCCUUGUCAGACCGAAGGCCACAUCACCACCACACAAGGAGGAGAGGAGCAGGAGGAGAGAUGGAGGAGAGGCCAUCACCACCGCCGCUUCCACGGAGGAUCCAGAAGACCCCACGGUCUCCACCACCGAUGGGAUGAGAAGACCUCCGCCCCCCGUAGUCUUCCUCAAGACCCACAAGACCGGCAGCAGCACCGUACAGAACCUCCUGUUCAGGCUCGGCGAGAGGGAGAAAGCCACGUUUGCCUUCCCUUACUACACCUACCAGUUCAGUUACCCAGCGAGGUUCAGGCCCGAGUUUGUGGAUGAGCUCCCGGAGGGCUCCUCCCAGUUUGACAUCCUGUGCAGCCACAUGCGCCUGGACAUGACGCAGCUGCAGAAGGUGAUGCCGCCCAACGCCGUCUACGUCACGCUGCUCCGUGACCCCCUCCGCACCUUCGAGGCGGUCUUCAACUACUACACCUCCGCCGUGCCUGCCUUCGCCAAGGCCCAGAAGGCCGCCAACGUGGCCAACCGGGCCGCGGCCGCCGCCGGCGUCCUGAAGCGCAAGUCGGCCCUCACCGUCUUCCUGGAGAACCCGGACGCCUACUUUGACCCCGGCAACCUGGAGGACGGCCUGGCCAAGAACCCCAUGUGCUUCGACAUGGGCCUGAACAGCCGGCAGUGGAACCGCUCCUGGCCCGCGGACCUGGCGCGCCUGGAGGAUGAGUUCCACCUGGUGAUGAUCGCCGAGCACUUCGACGAGUCCCUGGUGCUGCUGGGCGCGCUGCUGGGGGUGCCGCUGGAGGAGCUGGUGUACGUGCGGCUCAACGUGCGCUCGGUGCUCAGCGUGGCCGCGCUGGACCAGGCCGGCAAGGAGCGCCUGAGCGCCUGGAACUCGCUGGACGCGCUGCUCUACGACUUCUUCCUGCAGCUCUUCUGGGAGAAGGCCGAGAUGUACGGGCGCGUCCGGCUGAGCCGCGAGGUGGCGCUGCUCAGGAAGGCCACGGAGCGGGCGCGCAAGAUGUGCGUGGCGAGGGAAGGGGUGGCGCCUGCGGAGCUGGAGGACCUGGUGCGGCCAUGGCAGACCGACACGGCCACCGUCAUGGGCUACCAGCUCAGGGCUAACCUCAGCCAGAGGGAGCAGGGCUUCUGUGUGCGGCUGGUGCUGCCCGAGCUCCAGUACCACUCCCAUCUCUACUUCCAGCAGUACGGACGCGACAUGAGGUCUGUGCCCACUAACUAACUAACCGACGGAGACAGGUGUGACUGGGAGUUAGGAGGACAGGUGUGACUGGGAGUUAGGAGGACAGGUGUGACUGGGAGUUAGGAGGACAGGUGUGACUGGGAGUUAGGAGGACAGGUGUGACUGGGAGUUAGGAGGACAGGUGUGACUGGGAGUUAGGAGGACAGGUGUGACUGGGAGUUAGGAGGACAGGUGUGACUGGGAGUUAGGAGGACAGGUGUGACUGGGAGCUAGGAGGACAGGUGUGACUGGGAGUUAGGAGGACAGGUGUGCUGGAGGAGCAGGACUUUGGAUCUGAAGGGACUGGUCAGGGUCUUGCAUGGGGAACAGCGAUUGAAUUUACUGAUGUAAAUACUGUUAGAAAGUAAAAUGUGUUACAUGCAUUAUAUGUUGUAUGUAUAAUCAUGUACAUGGGUUACAUACAUUAUUUUAAUAAAUACAGUUUUUUCCAUGUUUAUAUUGACUGACAAUAUGAUAAUAAAAGGUAACAAGAAA